AUGGAAUAUGAAGAGGACGAUGAUAUUUCCUUUGCCAAAUGGAUGAGCAGCUUCUGGGGUCACAACUUGAUCGAAGAGGAUGAGAAAGAGGGUAGAGGCCAUAAGAAACGUCAGACACGAGCCUUUAGUGAAAGGAGAGCCUCCCUUCCGGCCACGCUUUCCUCUCUCCAUACAACACGACUUCAUGCUUCUAGCAAAGGCUCAUCUUCAGGCCAUCUCAGGGGCUCCAAGGAAUUUCAAGGAGACCAAGAUGUCAAAUGCCACUACCAUAGGAAAGCAAGCAGAACACCUUCAGCAGACAGCUCAGAGGCAAGAUCAAACUCUGUCCAGGAAUUUGCAGAGUCCUUUGAAAAGCAAUUGCAUCUCAAAAGCAAACGCUCAGUUUCUUUGCAACCCGAAGGCAUGAAGGAGAGAAGAGAAAGAUUGCAUUUGAGAAAAAGCAAGUCUCAUAAGAGAAUGGGAGAGAAAUCAGAGCCAAGGCGAGAGCAGGAAGAAGAUGAAGGUUCAGAAGCUGUACCUGCAAAACAUAAUGAACAGUUUCCAUCAUAA